CGUCGGCCGGAGCUUCGCUAUUUAAAGAAGUGAAUCCCACCUUAAUUAGCUAUUAAUUUCCUUUUCUUCUCAGUGCUAGCUAUUAUGUAUCCUACUAAGAAUACCGGUCCCAAAUCAGCUUCUCAACUACACCUGAGCAAAUGGUCCACUGGUCUAUGUGGUUGCUUUGAAGAUUGCUCCAGUUGCUGCCUUACCUGCUUUGCUCCCUUCAUCACCUUUGGCCGCAAUGCUGAGAUACUGGACGAGGGUCAAACGUGUAACAUGUGGUGGCGCGAGCCUAAGCUGCUUCGCCCUUGCCCAAUUAGGUGUUGUAUGGUUUUACACAUGCUCAUACCGAACCAAACUGAGAGCCAGGUUUUCGUUGCCGAAAAAACCGUGCGGGGAUUUCUGUGUCCAUUUUUGCUGCAUUUGUUGCGCUAUUUGCCAAGAGUACCGCGAACUCAAGCACCGUGGAUUGGACCCUUCGAAAGGUUGGGUAUUCCAUUCUCGGAGAAUGGAGGGUGGAGCAACAACGCCUCCAUCUAUCGCAUUGGGCAUGACUCGUUAAGGUUUCCAUGGGGUUUCUCCUUGGGUAUUCAAUGCUUGGAGAAGUAAAGAGAAUGAUAAAAUAUUGUGGGAUGACUGCAUCUAAAUAGUGUGAACGUUGGCUACGAAGUGUAAGAAAUAUUAGAUUUCAAAUACGUAUAUUAAAGUGCGGUUAGAGACACAAGUGUGCUGGUACCUCUAAAAAAAUAUUAUUAAAAACUUGUUUUAAUUUUUAAAUUUGUUAGAAAAAAAAUUAGUCCAA